AUGUACUCGGGUGUCCCGUUCGUUGCUGCCCUUGUAGCAACCACGGCCGCUGUCCAAUGCAUCUCGCCCCCGCCUCCAGGCACCGUGGACCUCUCUGAAGACUGGGACGUCGAGUGGAGCCAUGUCGACACCGACUCUUCCCAGCUCUGCGUCUACCUCUCCAACUUCCAGCUGGCGCCGAACCCGCACACAAUCUUCGUUGCGGGACCAGUAAACACGAAUAGUGACGGAACAACCGUUGCUGGAUCCUGCGACUUGCCAAUCGUAGAUAGCCCAUACAGGGUCCGGCUUUCCGAAUGUGGAAAUCCAAAUACGAUUUACUCAGAGUGCAACCAGGUGGAUGUUUCUCAGGACUCCUGUGAUAACAACUAG